AUGCACACAUUUAGACAGGGCCUCAGUCGAGCUGUCUGGGCAUGGUUUCCUGUCUCUUGCGAAGGCUUGAACUCUGCUCGGCGCGGCACAUUCCCAGAUGACAGUGGUGGAAAUAGUGAGCAACUGCAUAAGCUUUUGGCUCGGAGUUUUCGGACUUUCGGCACGUCCCUCCCUUUCCGUAAAGAUGGCGAUCGAGAUGAUCGUGGCCAGAGGGCUGCGAAUCAAGUUUUCGCUUUCUUCCCGAGCUGUAUACACUCCAAACCAGCUGGACUCUCGAGUGUGGCGGCAAGCUCACAUCCUCAGCGGAGAGAGGUAUCGAUUGUUUCCGUCCAGACAUCGGGACGAGUGCAGUGGGUGAACGACGAUGCAGACCAAGUCCUGCAGGCUGUCGCUGCUCCUGAUGAAGUGCCAGAUGUUUGCUUUCGCGUUAAAAGCGAGCAAGUCCGUGAAGAAGAAGUCUGCAGCACUACGUCCCAAUUCUCUGCAAAUGCCGACGUGAAAAAGUACAGGUCCAUCACACCGCCCAAUGAUGCUGGAAUUGUCGUCUUAGCGCUGAGUGGCAGAGUUGUCGAUUGUGAUCGACCUUCACGGGCUCGUGUCAGCUCCAUGAGGCCACAAGCUCAUGUAUACAUUUCUGAUUUGUUACGAACCAUGAAGUCCAGGAUUAGGGAAUUUAGCGCUUUCACUCCGAUGUGGGUUGCCGCUGUACGCGACUGUACUGUACCCGUGAUCAUCCACGGCAUCUCCUCUCCAGAGGGUGUCUCUGGGAUCAAUGCCGAUCAGUGUUUCUCUCGCCCAACCAGAGAUCGAAAGCACGCUUUACGCGUACGUAACACUGCUGCACAAGCGUCGAGACGGAUCUGCGCACGCGACUUACGAGGAACUUUUCAAGAGAUGGGAUGGGGGCCACUGAAUUGUAUGGAGGACAAAUGGCUCCUGGCUGUGGGUCGUCUGUCCGUCCCGCGCAGGAACGGAGCGGCGGGCCGGAAGUCUGUCCGGUCCGCAGAGCCGCAUCCUCUCUCGAGCUACUAG